AUGAUGAGGACCCUCAUUUUUGUUCUCGUAUUCUUGGUUCAUCUUCAACUUAUCGCAAGUUUGACACCACCUGAAAAAGCUGUCAAAGAUUUUGUAAUGGUCUUCUGGAAAUAUCGAAGCUUGCGAGAUACUGACAUUUAUCAUCGGGAUUUCAAAUACAUCGAUUCCAAUGGAAACGAUGCUACAGGUAUUUGUAAUUUCAAAUUUCAAAUUUUCUAUACAGUUUUAUUCUAGAAAAGAUUCUACAAUACUGGAAAAGUGAUGAAAGGGUUCAAUUUAGCGCAGAAAAAUACAAGGAAGGUUUGAAAAAAAAUAACUUCUGGAGUAACUUUUUUCGUGGCCAUACUGCUAGAUUUGUUGACGAGGAUAAACUUCUGGAAGAGGAAGAAUUCAUAAACAACAAACUUACAUCAAAAUGGUUGAUGAUUCCUGAUUCAAAUGUGGAAGGAGGAUAUAAAUUGCUCAAAGUUGUCGAAUAUUAA